GUGGGACGUGAUCGUGUCCUGCUUGCUCCUGAACAUAUCGUCGGGCAGUCGGGCAGUCAAUUACAACCUGCACACUCCUCUGUUCUUGCCAUGGUUGUGCUUGCAUCGUCGAUUUGCACGAAAGCGGGUAAACCGCUCCUCUCCCGCCAAUUCCUCCCCCUUCCCAAGACGCGCAUCGAGGCUCUCCUAACUGCCUUCCCCAAACUUGUCCCGCCCCCGAACUCCUCCUCUCAGCACACUUCUGUCGAAACGUCCGACGUACGCUAUGUCUACCAGCCCAUAGACGAUCUCGUUCUCCUUCUCGUCACCAACAAGGCCUCCAACAUCCUCCAAGACAUCGACACACUGCACCUCUUUGCGCGCGUCGUCGCCGACGUCUGCGGCGGGCGCGCCCUCACCGACCGCGACAUCGCCGACCGCGCAUUCGAACUACUCGGCGCGUUCGACGAGGUCGUGGGUUUAGGGUAUCGCGAGCCCGUCGGCCUUCCGCAAAUCCGAGGUAUCCUCGAGAUGGAGUCGCACGAAGAGAAGAUCCAGGAGAUCAUCGCGCGCAACAAGGAGGCGGAGGCGAAGGAGGAGCUCAAGCGCCGCGCGAAGCAGCUCGAGAUGCAGCGGCGCGAGAUGCAGCGUCGUGCGGGUGCGGGUGCGACCAGUGGAGGCUUCGGCGGCGGGGUGUCUGGAUACUCCCCUGUCCCGCGCUACGAAGCACCAUCGCCGGCUCCUGCCUCGCCAGCCCCCCAAACUAUCACCACCUCAAAACCCGCUUUCAAGUCUGGCGGCCUCAAGCUCGGCAAGAAAAAGGGCGGCGCCGACAUCCUCGGUGCAGAAGCCGAGGUCAACAGCCCGCUUCUUGGCCAGACCUUCGGCGCGUCGCAGGAAUCCGAGCUGUCUGCACCUUCUACGCCUCUGCCGUCGGUCACGAAGUCAGCGAGUGACCGCGGCAAUCUCCCACCAGUGGACGAGGAAGACGUCCACCUUACUAUCAAGGAGGCUCUCACAGCGUCGCUCUCCCGCGAUGGAGGCGUUGAGAGCAUGGAGAUCAAGGGCGAUAUGAACCUUCUCGUCAAGGACGGCGAAUACGCGCGCUGCGCCGUCGAGCUCAUCGGCGGCACCGCAAACGUGCAGUUCAAGCAGCACCCCAAUGUAGCGAAGUUCGCACCGGGUGCCGCUGCCAAGGUUAUCCGAUUGAAGGACCCAGCGAAGCCCUUCCCCGUUGGUCACUCGCUCGGCGUCCUCAAGUGGCGCUAUACCGGCAAGGACGAAAGCGUGCUACCAUUGAGCAUCAACGCCUGGCCAACCCCGUCAAACGACGGAACAGUCGACGUCUCGCUCGAAUACGAGCUCACUAACGACGCCGUUACGCUGUACGAUGUCGAGAUUGACGUACCCUUGCCCGCCGGUUCCUACCCGACAGUCACAUCGCAAGCCGAGGGCAGCGAUUGGGAACUCGACCCCGGCUCGCAUGCGCUGCGCUGGAAAAUACGCAAGGUCAGCGCGGAGGACGGCGAGCGCGAGGGCUCAUUGAACUUUGUCGUCGCUGGCGACGACGCAGAGGCGCUUUUCCCGGUAUCCGUUCGCUUUAUCGGCCAGGGCAGCUUGCUGGGCGUUGCAGUCAAGAAGGUUGGGCACGUCAGCAACGAAGACGUAUCCGAGGACAUCCCCUACAGCGUGGACAGCAUCCUUUCGGUGGACGAGUACAGUGUCGUGUAGUUCGGUACAUAUGGUUGAUCAGACGAGCUUGUACGGAUGAUUCAUGUGUAGAGCCUCCAUCUGAGCGUGGCGUUAGACCAAACCGGGGUCGAUCUGGAGCAGGGACGGGACCAAGCUGGGGCAGACGCUUUCCCCACGGGCAGAAUGACGCAAAUCGCCCUGGAAGUCCCUGUCAAACAAAUUCAAACAGAAUCCCAGUGAUGCGUUC